CGGCGGGUGGGGGCGGCGCGGCCCGUGCGGACCCCGAUCGCGCUCCCGUGAGGCCCCUCGGGCACCGGCCGCUCCUCCCGCCUCCGCCCGCGGGCGCAGCCCCGAAACUGCUGCUUUUGUUUGCUUUUCCCCCCCCCUUUGACCUGUUUUGCUUUGUUUCAUCUUUUUUUCCCCCCCUUUUCCUCUCCGCGGCGUUUCCGGGCCGUUUCCGCGUGGUUCGGGCUCCUCCUCCGGUGCUGUCCCGGGGGGGUGGGGGGGAGGGGGAAGGCAGGCGAUGCUGGUGGCGGCGGCGGGGCCCGCUCCGGGCCCGGCGGAGCAGAGCGCUGGCGACGGCGGCCGCUUCAGCGUCCUGACGUGGGAGCAGGUGCAGCGGCUGGACCAGAUCCUGGGCGAGGCUGUGCCCAUCCACGGCCGCGGCAACUUCCCCACGCUGUCCGUGCGACCCCGCACCAUCGUGCAGGUUGUCCGUAGCCGCCUGGAGAAGAAAGGAAUCGUGGUGCACAACGUGAGGCUCAACGGCUCAGCAGCCAGUCAUGUCCUGCACCAGGACAGUGGCUUGGGCUACAAAGACCUUGACCUCAUCUUUGGAGUGGAUCUGAAGACUGAAGAUGUCUUCCAGCUUGUUAAGGAUGUGGUCAUGGACUGCCUGCUUGAUUUCCUCCCAGAAGGGGUUAACAAAGACAAGAUCACCCCCAUGACUCUGAAGGAGGCCUAUGUGCAGAAGCUGGUGAAGGUUUGCAACGAGACCGACCGCUGGAGCCUCAUCUCCCUCUCCAACAACAGCGGCAAGAACGUGGAGCUCAAAUUCGUGGACUCCCUCAGGCGACAGUUUGAGUUCAGUGUGGACUCCUUCCAGAUCAUCCUGGAUUCCCUCCUGCUGUUUGGGGAAUGCUCAGAGAACCCCAUGGCUGAGAACUUCCACCCCACAGUCACAGGGGAGAGCAUGUACGGGGACUUUGAGGAGGCAAUGGACCAUCUCCGCAACAGGGUCAUCGCCACGAGGAACCCCGAGGAGAUCAGAGGUGGGGGCCUUCUGAAGUACUGCAACCUCUUGGUGAGGGGAUUUAAACCCAAAUCAGAAGUGGAUAUGAAGGCACUACAGAGAUACAUGUGCUCCAGGUUCUUCAUAGACUUCUCUGACAUCGGUGAGCAGCAGAGGAAGCUGGAGUGCUACCUGCAGAGCCACUUUGUUGGGAUGGAGAGCAAAAGAUAUGACUAUUUGAUGACCCUCCACAGGGUGGUCAAUGAGAGCACAGUCUGCCUUAUGGGACAUGAAAGGAGACAGACCCUGAACCUCAUUGCCAUGCUGGCUGUGAGAGUCCUGGCUGAGCAGAACAUCAUCCCCACGGUCACAAACGUUACCUGCUACUACCAGCCAGCUCCUUACAUCAGCGAAAUCAACUUCAACUACUACAUCACCCACGUGCAGCCCUUCAUGCCUUGCAAUCAGUCUUACCCCACGUGGCUUCCCUGUAACUGAGCCAGGAUGAACUUCAGGGUCUGUUCUCCAAGGUACUUCCUUGCCUUGGGGAGUGGGGAGGGUGGUGGGGGGCAAGAAAUGGAGAUGGAGUAGGGGGAGAGAAAAGAGAGAGAGAGAAACCAACCUUCCUAGAAGUGCAACAAAAGGAAACUUCCUGGACUCUUGCUCCAAGUGUCUCAUUCCUGGGGUGGUUGGAACGAGACCUGUCUGCUGUACACUGUGAUGGGAAGUGCAGUGUGAUGGAGAUGAGCUGACUUGGACCCUUGCAGGAGGACUCGGUGGCUUUGUUGGGUUCUGGAGGCGAUGGGGAGGGUGGGAGUGUGUGAGGGGAGACUGUAGAAUUACACUGAGGUAGAGCUGCACUGCCCUGAAAUGGAUCUGAACUGGGGGGUUUUUUUUAGUGUUGUGGGUGUGCAGACUUGUGGUUUCUGAAGACAGAAGCCAGAGUGGCUAAUUCCUUUGAAGGACCAAAGAAUCCUGUUUAAGUGCCUGUAACAAUAUAAACACAACUGUACUGUAAA